AUGGCGUCGGUGGAAGACGCAAGAGAGCAAUUCGCGGCGGAGAUGGUGGCUGCUUGUAGAGGCAAAGUCUCCGUGAUGGAAGCAAUGAGAAUGGCCGGAUUCACCGAAGAGGAGCGGAAUCGAUCGCUCGAGCGUAGAGUGCUCCGAAAAUCGAAAACUGUCACUGUCACGAUGGGCUCUUCUGUUCAACCGAACGCAUUGGAGCGCACUCCUCCACCAACAACCGUAGUAGUCGCCAACACAGCAACGACCAAUGGAUCGCAAUUGACAACGAUGAGUUCCGCCGCAUCUGCCACCACUGCCACCACCGACACCGACGCCGACACCAUUCGCACUCGGUCCCGUUCCAGUUCCAUUUCGGAAAUGCCGUCAUUGGAGUCAGCGUGUGAACAAGCGGCCAAGAAGCUCAAACUCGACAAGCCCGAGAAGACUGGUCGUCGAACGGCCAUUCAGAAAGCAAACGAUGAUGCAGCGAAAGAGAGAAAGCGAAAAGGCGAAGCAGAGGCAUACAAAAUUGCAACCAAGCUAGUUGCCCACAACAAGAAGCUCCCAGCCGAUCACGCAGAGAAGAAAGCAGCCAACCAGAUUGUCAGAGAUGUGAACAAACGACUUGGAACCAACAUCAACAAGUCUUCUGUCAAUCGAAUGCUUUGGAUGGUGCCUACGUUUCCUUCUUGA